AUGGAGCUUGACUUGGACGACUGGGUCACCAACUCCAACGAGUGCUUCCACAUCAACCUCUACCGCACAUCAAACCAGAACGGCCCAGAACGCAUCCUCGACGAAUCCUUCCACCCAAGCUUCACCCACACUGUCAUCGAAGAGAACGAGACAAUCGCGGGGUACAAGAACCCAAGCAUCGAGCUUGACUUUCGCGCAAACGACCUCAACCCGAAACUGAAGAUAUCCUUUGACCAGGAGCUUGACCUCAAGAAGAUCUCCCCAGAUCUGAACCAGGUUGAUCUAUCCCCGGAGCUGUUCCGCGAGUACCUACCCGAGUCCAUCGAUGAUGCUGCUGGCGCUACGUCUUCAGAUUGGAGCCCACCGGGAGAGCGUAUCAACACCUUCGGUCUGUACGGAAAACAGUAUGAGAUAUGGAAAGCUCCAAUGACUGAUCCCGACGCUCGACGCAUCUGGACGAAUAUGAAGAUCCUCAACCUGCUAUUCAUUGACGGCGCGACAUUAGAGGGCUUGGAGGAUGAGGAGACGCUUGAUCGUUGGUCACUGUACCUUCUGUACGAUGUGACACCUCUGUCAGACGCAUCGCUUUCCCCAUACACACUCGCCGGUUUCUCUACAUCGUAUCGCGCUUGGGUCUUUCCCACCUUCGACAUUGCGCGUGCUACCAAGCAGCUGCCAUCUCCAGCCGAAAGCAGUAAUGGUGACGCUGGGAAAUAUACACCACCUCGUCUGACUCAAGAUCCCGACACUUUCCUCUUUACCGACAAGCUUGAUCUUCUCGAGACGCCGUCGAGGGAACGCAUUUCACAAUUCCUCGUCCUCCCUCCAUACCAAGGUCAAUCGCUCGGAAGCCGCUUGUACGAUGCCAUCUUCCACGAGUUGGUGAAUAAGCCCUUCAUUUACGAGAUUCCGAUUGAGGACCCAAGCGAGGCUUUCGAUGCCAUGCGAGAUUACAGUGAUAUCACAUACCUUCGUAAACUUCCCGCCUUCAAGGACCUGUCAAUCGCCUCAAAUCUUUCCCAAGAGUCGUUGAGAAAGGAUUCACCAAUUCCGCGGGACCAAAUCCUCGGGAACGGCAAAGACCUUGAGGAGCUUCGAAAGAGCACCAAGAUUGUGAGCAGACAGUUCUACAGGAUGGUCGAGCUUCAUUUGUUAUCAACAAUUCCGCCAAACAAUCGAAACCGUGCACGAAUCACAAGGAAAGCAAAGUCUACCAACGAGAACGAUAGAAAAUACUACUUCUGGCGGUUGGCCCUUAAGCAUCGAAUCUACAGCCAGAAUGCAGACGCGCUGGAUCAGAUGGAGGAUGUCGCAGAGCGCGUGGAGAAGCUGGAGUCUGCAGUCAACUCGCAGCAGGAGGAGUUCGAGGAGCGUCUGGAGGGGUUGGAGAAGCGUCAAAGUCUUGCUGCUGACGAAACGUCUGCUCCAGCAGCGGGUGCAAGGAGCAAGAGGAAGAGAGCGGUUGUGGUCGAAGACGACGAGGAUGACGAGUGGGAAGACAUGGAUCAAGUUCGCAAAGCAGCAUACGGUCUCGAACGCGCCAACAAAGCCUCGAUACCAACAACCUACCACAAUCUCGUUUCCUACAAAAAGAAACACACAGACGACAAGGCCCGCGAGGAGUACGACGGCGAUCUUGCAAAGAUAAUUCUACAUGGGCAACACCCACGCCCUGACCUUAUUGUUUGCGCAGGCUGGAUGCACAUCGUCACCACUUCCUUCCUUUCACCCAUUGCCGAAGCCGGUAUCAAGAUAAUAAACCUACAUCCCGCUCUGCCGGGGGAGUUUGCUGGUGCGAAAGCAAUCGAGCGUGCGUGGACGGCGGGUAAAGAGGACGGGUUGAAGAGAACUGGCGUUAUGAUACAUGAGGUCAUUGCGGAAGUUGAUGCUGGAGACGCGAUCGUUACACAAGAGGUAGAAUUGAAAGAGGGAGAGACACUGGAUGGUUUAGAGGAGAGGAUUCAUGCGGUUGAGCACGGGUUGAUUGUUGAGGGAACAAGAAAGGUGCUUGGGGGUUUGGGGAACAAAUCGUGA